AUGUCCGCAACUUUUGAGACCCUCCCCUCAUCAGAGGCCACCACAAUCAUCCGCUUAUGUAACUCUAGUCUUAGCCUGCCAGUAUCGCCGAGCGAGACAGCCAACGACCAAUUCCCUCAACACAAGCUCCCGCGCUCGCACACGCACCUCAGCUCCAGCAAAUCCCGCCCAUCCACCGCCAAGAUGCUGAUUGUCGAAACCCACGUAGAUGUCACCACCGUCGUGGAUGGCAAGGAGAGCCCCAUGAGAAUCUUUGUCUACACUCCCACCGUCCCCCAGUACCCCAACGCCAAAUUCCCCGGCGUUGUUCUCUUUAGCGAAAUCUACCAGGUCUCCGGCCCCGUCGCCCGAUUCGCCCGCCUCAUCGCCGGCCACGGCUACAUCGUCGCCGCCCCGAGCUCCUACCACGACUUCACCGGCCCCGAGCCCCUCGCCUACGACGUCCCCGGAACCGACCAAGGCAAUGAUUGGAAGAUUGCCAAGACCCUACAAUCCUACGAUGAGGAUGUUGUCCGCUCCGUCGACUACCUUCUCACCCAUCCCAACUGCAACGGCCGCAUUGGCGCCACCGGCAUGUGCCUCGGCGGCCAUCUCGCCGUCCGCGCCGCCCUCGACUCCCGCAUCUCCGCCGUAGUCUCCUACUUCGCCACCGACAUCCACUCCCGCACCCUCGGCCCCCACGACGCCCGCAACACCUCCCCCGACACCAUCCCCCACUCCAUCCACACCCUCGACCGCCUCCCCGAGCUCGCCUCCGCCGAGUUCGCCAUGAUCUUCGGCAUCAAGGACACCCACGUCCCCGACGACGGCCGCGACGUCAUCCGCGCCAAGAUGCGCGCCGCCGGCCUCGUCACCAGCUUCUACGAGUUCGCCUGGGCCCAGCACGCCUUCAUCCGCGACGAGCUCAGCAAGGGCCGCUACGACCCCCAAAUCUCCAAAAUCUGCUUCGAGGUCCUCCUCGAGCUCUUUGGCCGCGUCCUCAAGACCGAGGUCGGCCAGAAGGACGCUACCCCCGCCAAGCUCGAGCAUGUGUGCUAG